UAUAGAAUACUUUAUGCAUGAUAACUCGGUUCACUGAAGAUGGUACAAUUGGGAAAAGUCAUGAUGUGGGCUGGGUUGGAUUAAAGUUUCCCCCCACCACACACACACACACACACACCCACACACACACACACACACACACACACACACACACACACACACACACACACACACACACACACACACACACACACACACACACACACACACACAGAGAGAGAGAGAGAGAGCGAGGUGAAAGACCAAGUGUCUCAUGCAUAUUGUGCCUUCCUCCUUGCCUACUUAGUACAUGUAGGCUACUUACCACGUAUAUACGCUACACACACAAUUCAGGUGGAACCGAAAACCUCCUAAUGACGGUGCGUACAGUUCAGCAUCGAUAGUAAUAUCAGGCCAUUUGGUCUCCCGACUCUGCGGCCUGCUGACACCGCUCAGCCCUCGAUCUCAGCAGGGAGCUACAGGCCGGGAUGUGCUUCCACUUGUACCUGGCCCUGGAUCACAGGCUGCUAAGUAAACACACGUUAAUGAAUGUGCAAUAGUGGUUUAGAAGCGCCUAAAGACUUGAUGAUAAUAUAUGGCCCAUAGAACCGGCUGUGUAGGACUGAAGCAGAGUAGUACAACAAAUGAGUCAGGAAGUUGUGUAUUUCUUUCUGUGGAGGUGAGACUGGAGUUCUUAUGUCGGUAAUAUGACGGAGUCAUCCAUUGAAUAGGGUAAAUCAUCACAAUUACAACAACCACUUCGUUGACAUUAUAGCCUAUAAUAAUAUAACAAAAUAACAAACAAAUAGGAUAAAUAAACAAACAAAGAAAACACUCCCCAAUGUAGCCUACCUUUCACAAAUAAUCGAAGUACAUUGGAGCUCCUUAGUGGAAAAGCACCAACCAACAAUGCGUUCUUUAUAUUGUUAUGGAAUUAAACUGCAAGGGCAGGAUGUAGAAUUCCAAAGUUCUCCCUCUCACUCACGCUCCCUCGCCCCUUUUCUUACAUCCUUCCCUCACCACAAUCCUCUGCAACUUUACAUUUAAAAAUGUAACCUUUAUCUAACUAGGCAAGUCAGUUAAGAACACAUUCUUAUGUACAAUGACGGCCUUCCCCCGGACGACUCUGGGCCAAUUGUGCGCCGACCUAUGGGACUCCCAAUCACGGCCGGAUGUGAUAGAGCCUGGAUUCGAACCCGCGACUAUGUGCCUCAGAAACAGUUUCCAUGAUUUGCAUGUUCUCUUUUCGUUAAUUUUACAAUUCAACGAGUCCGUAUAGCGCCAUCGCCGGUCAUUUCUCCAGAUCAUCUGCGGGCUCACUGAGAGCUGCGAAGCCUAGGCCUAUACCGUAAAUUUACCAAAAUUAGCGAUAAAACCAAGGGAAAUAUACUUGUACGGGUUAAACCGUCAUCAUUAAUGAUCAUAUAUAUCUCCUAUGCAUGCUUGUUGUCUCACACGAACACACACAACAACAACAACAACAAUAACAAUUAACAACCCAUUAAAGGCCUCUUUACAUUAGGAGCAGGGCGCAGUUUAGUGAUGAUAUGGCACAGUGUGACAUUUCUCCUUUCAGCUUCACCCUGCUCUGCUCUCAGAAUAUCAACCCAUUAUCAACAUGUGCAUGAUAGAGCCUUAAACAGUGUGUGUGUGUGUGUUUUACCAAAAUACAUACUGAUAUGCCUAUGUUCAAUAGGCCUAUAAUAAACCUGAUAUUAAUUAUUAUCACGUUUGCAGAAGAUGCCUUGGAGAAAAGCAACUCUGAGCGUGCACUUUUACAGCAAGUGAAAGCAAGAGCUUUUCCCAGACUAAUCGUCCGUCACGUUGCUUAUGUUUUUAUCGUGGUGGACCAGGGAACAGCAGACUCGGUGGCUGAGAUAGAAAUAGCAUAUCUAUCGGUUUAGAAUAAGACCGUGAGAAAGACUGACCAUUAAUACCGAGGUGAACGGCAAUGCACGCUGACCCAAUGUCUCUCCAAGCCUGAAAAGAUACAAUUACACCUUUGGAACAACGCGGACUGUGAAGAGAUACACACACGCUAUGGGGAUCCUUAAUAAAUACAAAAUGUAAGAGGGCACACAGACACACAUUGACCAUUCACCAAGUUUCAACCUAAAUGCAUUCAACAAAAUGUAGAAUGGUAUCGAAAACUCAUCAAAUAUAAUAAUCAAAUAUAACAAAAUGGUGUAUGUAUGCCUAUGUUUGUAUUAAUUCUGAAAUAAUAAGCCGCCCAUGCAUAUAUGUGUCGCUAUGCGUAAAGGUUUGGCUAAAUCGUCGUUAGAAUGAGAUCUCCUUUCACCCUUGAAAUUCACGAAAUAACUAAAAAAGCUCAUGUUUAAGAUUAAUUUCCUCGAGUACCCCUACAUAACUCUACAUUGGGGAGUUCAAACAACGUUCUACUCAGGUGAAAAAUGGAAAUCUCUUUGUCUGAGUCCAUUUGAAAGAAUGUUACAACAAACCUUCACAAUAGAAUUAGCAAGGGGGUUAAGACAGAUUGACAGACGUCUGAAUUCAAACAUGUCUGAAUUUAACCAUGAAAAUUAUAUGCCAUCUAUUGGCCUAUAUUUCUUUGAAAUGAUAUUUGUGCUCUCAAUAAUCCCACAUUGUUUGACUGACAGCGAUAUAGGCAUAACGCCAUAAAUAGCCUACUAGCAGGAUAUAGAAGACGACUUGCCCAUUUCAGCAAGUUCAGCUAUACCACUUCAUCUGUUAAAAAACAAUAUUGAAAUAUGAACUUGUCAUAGCGGAAUUAUUUAGCAUACUUAACAAACGGAGGUGGAGGUACAAUAGUAUGGUAAUCAACGGGGGGUUUGAGAGGGGGGUGUCAGGGGGUGGAAUAUCCAUUUUUAUUGCAUCACCUGUCAGCGGCGUCCAAUAAGCUUCGAGUCUGAGGGCAUUAAUUGAUGAAGGUGUCUCCGGGCUCGUGCACUUCCCCUCUGUCAUUUUAUUUGUGGCUAACCCCGAAUCCAGGAGAGCAGCUGCAUUUUGGCUCUUAUUCUCUCUCUCUCCUUCCAUCCCUCCCCCCCCCCUCUCUCUUUCCCUCCCUCUCUCUGUGUAGCUCUCUCCCUACCCCUCUCUCUUUUUUAUCCUCUCGUUGUGGCAGUGGUAUACACCUUCCUGUCGUGCUGCCGGUCAGAGGGAGUGAGCAGGACAGGAGGAGAGACAGGGGAUAGCAGACAGCCAGCAGCCGGCCUGGCGGUAAUCCCUCGCAUUCCUCCACCAUGCCUGGUCCGUGGCAGGGCCCGGGGAUUGAUGCUGUGAACCCAUCCGAUACCACUCCAUUUAACUCGGCAUCUCAAAGUUUGCCUGUUCAUGACGCAGCUUGGAGGUAGCCUACUAGGACGCAUCAGCAGCGGCCGGCGAGUCAGAAUGCAUUGAGCUCAAAACAGGGAGUUUAUUCCUUUAUUUUCGUGGCUGCAUGAAUACAUCUGACCGAGUUAAAUGCUGAGAUUAUUACAAUAGAGAGUGAAAAGCAACAUGGGAGACCUGAAGUUUGGGUUUGAGGAGAUGCAGGGAGUGAGGCUGGGAUACCUGCUGAUAAAAGGAAAACAAAUGUUCGCCCUCUCCCAGGUCUUCACCGACCUGCUGAAAAAUAUUCCCCGAACCACCGUGCACAAACGCAUGGAUCACCUGAACGUUAAAAAACACCACUGUGAUUUGGAGGAGUUAAGAAAGCUCAAAGCAAUCAAUUCUAUUGCUUUCCACGCGGCUAAAUGUACUCUGAUAUCACGGGAGGACGUAGAGGCGCUUUAUUUCUCCUGCAAAACGGAGCGCGUGUUAAAAUCCAACAAAAGAAAAGCAAAGAAAGCCAGUUUACCGGAGGGUGUGGGCGAAGGCAAGCUCAACGCAGACACGCACCCUGCCGGGUUAUGGAGGGACAAAGUUUGGUUAAGUUUGCACAGCGUUCCACAGACUAAGUCCCUCAAAAACAAAGCCGGCAGGAGAGAACAACCAACCUUGCGCCCCGACUCCAAUCUACCUCAAAUUUACAAUAAAUCCCUCGGUCGGGAUUACUCCUCUGUCACCAAAUCAUCAUGUAAACCCUUUAAAAACUAUGAAACUGGUCAAAUACCGAGCAAUUGCGUUGCGUUUAGCCAGGGACACUCGUUUUUCCGGAGCGUGGUGAGCCGGCAACCAGUGUUGUUUCAGUCCGCCAUUGCUGCUCAGUCCAGGCUCUCUGCAACCGGCGACCUACUUCACAAAAGGAAGAGGAGGCGCGAGGGGGGCGGCGGCAGGGAUAUGGGCAGCAGCGGCGCGAGGCAGUCAUGGAGCAGGAGCAGACACACACACUCACACACUUACUCUCACACACACCACCCGGUGCUCCUCGUGCAGCCCAAGUGCUGCAGAAAGCCCAAAACACACUACAACCACAACCGGACAACUCUGAGCCAUUUUGACAUUGGACACGAGUUUUACCUCGACCACCACGAUCACCACCAUCGUCACCCGCAUCAACAUGUGGGGGGGUUCCCGGAGAGCUACAGCAGUGACACGGAGUCCAGUUGCUACUCAGAGCGCCUCAACAACGACUCCGACAUCGGCUCCAGUUUAUCGACCAGCAGCAACUCUGGGACCUCUGAUGAGGAGGAUGAAGAUGAGAGCCCAUUGGAGAGCUCUGAGGUCAGUUCUGAUGAGGAGAGUUCAUCUCAGUCUGACAGCAGCUCUGUGUCCAGCCAAGUGUCUGUCCAGUCUAUCCGCUUCAGGAGGGCCCGGUUCCCCUCUCUCAACACCACCAAAAAUAUCACCACUAGAACUCUGCCUAAUGCUCAAUCUUUCUCCACAACUCUCUCCAGCACUAGAACUCUGCCUAAUGCCCAAUCUCUAUCCGCAACUCUCUCCAGCACUAGAAAUCAGUCGAACUCUAGAACUCUAUCCAACAGUAGAACUAUCUCGCACACUAACGCACCUUUGCUCCUGCAGCCUACCUUCCACUACAGCCACCAGCAGCAGCCAUCUAAACCGGUGGGCCAGUUUGGAACCAGCCAGGUGGACUAUGACAUUCCGAAGAAACAACCGAAAUAUGACUUUACAGCCAGGGAGGCCAAGCAGGACACACACACACACAGGUUCAGCUCGCCUGUCACCCGGGGGAGUUAUUUCACUAAGAGGAGAGACAGGAAGGUUCCUGAGUCCCAGGUCCAGACCCAACGAGAGAUAAAGCGAACCGAGCCUGUGUCCAGAAAAUUGUACGCACUGAGCCCCUCACCUAACCCCAACGGAAUAAAAGCGGUUCUUCCACACAGGACAACGGGACACGCAAACAAAUGCCCCCCAGUCCUGAGCUCACACUCCGCGCCUGACAAAGACACAAAGUACCCCAAGCCUAAAAACAACAAGCUUUCAUUAGCUACAAAUCUACAAAGUGAGGUGAGAAUCAGCCCCAACCUGAAACUGCCCUUUCUGCUCAAAACCAUUAAGACCGAGCCGGAGGAGCUAUCAGUGGCCGCGGGUCCCCUCCCCGAGCGCAGCAGGGCGGUCAAGACUCCCCCCUUCAACCUACAGAAUGUGAAAAUCAAAGUGGAGGAGAGCUAUGAUGAAUACGAAUACUAUAGCCAAGCCUCUGGUUUCCAAUGCUUAGGAGACGAGGCGGAUAUCAACAAUGGCCAAUACUACGGCGGCGACAUCAAACAAGCUGCUGGCUGUUUCAACAACGAGACCAAAGCCAUUGAAAGUUCUGCUGGGGCUCCGAAGUCCUCCUCCGGCUUGCAGGAAUGUGGGAGCACUCAAGACACCCCUUGUCCGGAGGAAGGGGAGUAUAAAAACGGAGCUGGGGUCAGGAAAAACUACAGGAGUCUGGUGCUGGGGAAGAAGCCUGGAAUUUCAAGGAUGCAGCAGAAACAGAACGUGUCUAAAGUUGACAGGACUUUGUCUUCUCGUCCCGUGGGCAAAGCUGAGAUUUGUGAAGGAAAUACUGAGGAUCUAACAGGGGCGACUAAACGAAAACGCGCGUCCAGUAAUGUAGCAGCCCCUCUGAAGAGGCCUUUCAGCUUCAUGGCGAAUUUCCCCGCUCCUCCGUCCCUGUUAGUGGGCAGCGACGGGGAUUUAAGCCCUGCUUACUCUCUGAACUCUCUGGGGGGACCCCGACCUCCCCCUCGCUCUCACCCCGUGUGGCGAUGGCAGCCUGGCGGUCUGCCUGUCCCUCCCCCACCCACUCAGAAAAUCAGGAAAUGUUCACGCUUUUUUCUUUGACAAAAACAAGCGAAAGAAAAAACACCUGGAUGGAAACCUACGUUGACUACAACUUGAGUCUUAAACUGAAUGGGAGGCUCUAAUGGCUUGCGUCCUUCGGUUGUUUUUAUUUAAAUUGUAUCCUUUAUAUGACGUAGUGGAUUUAAAACGUUCCUCGUUGUGGAGUUAUAGAUCAGUUAUAUACACUACUAUUCUCCAUAUCGCGCGGACCAUAUUUGAGAUGCUCUACCCAUGCCACUGGACGAUCCCUCCUCGUGGAUUUAUUCUGACUAACUAACUCUAAACAAGCUAUCUACCAUAAGCAAUAGGCUACACGGUUUGGCAAAAUGGGUUUACAUGACUUUCUCUCGGAUCUAUUUUCUCUUCGCCUUGACGCUCGAGCGGUUGGAUUGUACCAGGGUUUCAGUGAAGUAAACAUUUUGUUGUGCUGUAGGCCUACUCCCUUUGUGGUGAGAGAAAGUGAGGGGGAGACUCCCUCUCAUAAAAAUCACAGCACUCCUAUAUGUUGGUCUUCUUUACUGUAUUUUUCUAACAUCAGCUUUAACUUGGGUAAAAUUGGGUUUAAUCAACAGAUUCAGGGUUUUCCUUUGGUAACAUGGUUAGGGCUAUUACUAUUGUCUGUCACAUUAGUCCUAUUAUGAGCCGUGGUUGUUUUUUUCACUACAGGAUUUGUAAAACCUUGUAGAAACCCUAAUUUCAAUUUUUAUUUUAUGCUUGCCAGAGUUUGGGUAAAUUUUAUCUAAAUGUUAUCUAAUUCAGAUAACUGUUUUUGAAUUCGAUUUCAAAUGUCAAUUAAUUUAUCCAAGCAAGUCCAAAUUCAUAAUGUUCUUUGGACAGGCUAUAUUGAAUUAGGAAGAAUUGUGAGGGAAAUUACCAUUACUCUGGUCUGGCUGGUGCUUGCAGAUUUUCCGUGUUUGUGAUAUGGUUUCCAGCGUUGUUUGUAUUUAUGAGAGUAUUUCCUGGUCAACUUAUGUUGGCUGUAGUCAGACAGCCGUCAGCACCCAUAAAGGCCCCAAAACACUGCAGGCCUUAUGUACAGACAAUCACACAGAGAGAGACUGCCCAGGCCUGACACAGAUCAAGCCUUUCAGUGAAAAAUCACACGUCCUGGACAGUCUUGCCUUUUUUAGUAUUUUGGUGGGACAUGUUCCUUUAUAUUACACAUUUAUUUGUCAAUUAAAACAUUCGCAAUGUCCUACACGAAAAAAGUAUGAGAAAAUUUGGGGUUUGCAUCACAGUUAAACAAAAACCCAAACACACCAAAACGAUGUCUUACAACACACCGAGCCUAAUGUAAUUUCAUUUAGAAACAACACAUGAAAGCACAAGUGGUAGGCUUACAUGCUUUGCACUUUGACACAAUCUAGGGUCCCAUUUCCGCUCGAUGAUUGUAGGAUAGCCUACAUUAUGAGAGAAGUUCAAAUAAAAUAAAUGUAAGAUAAGGUAGGCUACUAGCUUAUGUCCAUUUAAAUAUUUCCUCUAAAAUGUAUAAAUGUAUAAUUGGUUAUUUGUGGCCAUUCACAUGAGGUUGAAUUAUUUUCUAUCUGGGUCAACAUGGUAUUAGAGCAGUUUAUCAGUUGUUUAUUGUAUCCUUACAUCUGCAAGAAUGAAUAAAAUGCUCAGCACAGCACGUUGCUGUGAAAAAGUUAGCUAUUAGCUCGGGGGUAAAUGCAUAAUUACCUGUUAAAUUCUGCUGGGAAGCCCACGGUGCUGAAUUGACCUGGGAACAUCUCCAGCCAUACAAAAUUAUUAAAAUAGACUAUACAGUCAGUCGAAAAUGUAGGCCCAAACACAAAGCUGAUUGUGUCCCUUUGUUAUGAAAGCAUUGCACUCUGUUUUCCACAAAAGGCCAUGACAUUCUCCAUGUCUCCACUUCAACUGAUAUAGUCUCUACACUGUUUUCUCACAUGAAUCAAGUCAGAAAAAUAUUUUCUAAUGUUGCCACAUAAACAUGUAUAAAUCUAGCCUUUACAUAUGGACGCGUGAUGAAUGUAUAGGCCUACAUGUCAAACAUUUUCCAUUGAUCCUUAUGUUGCUAAUUAAUAAACUAAGAAUAGACCAAAAAAUUAAAAAUACAAUUCAGUCAAAUUUAACUGAAGUUGCACCUAAAUAUCGAUAUUUUUCCACCAACGUAAAAUGCUGAUUUGGUGAAGUUGUGGCUAAGAAUGAGCUUUUCUCCCUGUGACAAAGAGAGUCCGAGCCAGCCUGGCACAUAACCACAAACAACAUGCCUGAUAAUGUCAGGAUUCUCACAUCAACAUCAGCAGCAAAGACAGAAACAAAAGCCCAUUCGAUUGGUGAUUGUAGUUAAGGGAGAAAAAAGCGCCGUUUCACACAAUGCUCAGAGUUUGUAUAGAUUGAUCUGUGUGUGACAUGCACCUCUACCACCCCAAGCCUGUAGGCUUCCCAUACCAUAGUGCGCACUUCCCUUGUAGCGAAGGUAGAGAAGCACUUAAAAAUGGCACAUUUGCCUCCAAACUAAACACAGCCAUUUUAAUCUCCAUUUGAAAAUGACGUAAUCUCUCUCCAACCUAGAGGGAGUUAUGGGGAGGGGAGGGAUGGAAUUCAUAUGUUGCACGAGGGAAGCUUCCACCGCGUAAUCCCCGCGUCAAAGUGUACUGGGCCAGAGGAGGGAUAUACAGCCCAGCGUUUAGAGAGGACACACACACGCAUACACACACACUUCCCGUUGUAGGUACUCGCCAAUUCUCACGCCGAUCACAGAGAACAUCACCCGGGCAAGGAGAUGGUGGUAGAGGCGUUUAGAGAAGACUAAAAGAGCUCUGACAGUGACGCUAUCAAUGUAAAUAAUUGCAUGGCGUAGCAGCUCGAGGCACAGGGCUCUUUCUCGUUCUCCCUCUCGUUCUCCCUCUCGCUUUUCCUCUCAGCUCCAAACCUUAUUUUAGCUUUUUGAUACAAUACUUGAUUGAGGUCAGGGUUUUGACAUGAAAUUUGAAGUCACUGGCUGUUUAUAUAAAAAACGGAAUAUUUAUUUUUGUGAAUUACUGGGUUUUGUAUAUCAUUGUUGUUUAGGAUAAUGCACUCGAAAUGAAAACCUUGAAUGUUGGAUUUCUGAAGCACUUUCCCUUUCUUCCGAGUUAUGAAUGACUCAUUAAAGACAUCUGAGUGUGAGUGA